GCAUUUAUUAUUGCAAUUUUCUCAUAUUUGGCUUGGAUUCUGUGAGUUUUUAGUUGUAUGUGAUAUACAUGUAGAUUGGACAGUGUCCACGAAUUGUAUUAUUUGGAUUUGUGAAUUUGGGGUUAAAGUGCAUUCCUUUCUGGGUCCUGUGUAGAACCUUUGAUGGGCUUGGGAUUUGAGGUUUUGAGAUUGAAGGUUGAUGGUUUCUGGGUAUUUGUCUGAUUCAUCGAUGGUCUGGAAAUUGUGGUCUCUGAGGUUAUUGUUGUAUUUUCUUUCUUCCAUGAAUGGUUUAGCAAAUUGAGCCUUUGAGGUUGAAGUGUCAUCGCUUUCUGGGUUUUUCUUUUUCCAGCAUUAUUGGUUUUGACGGUAUUUUGUUGUGAAGAACAGGUGUUGGUUUCUGGGUAAUUUGUGUAUUUCUUACUGGUUUUUAAUUAUCUGUUAGUCCAUAGAGUAUUUCUAUUUUGUGUUUGAUCACUGGUUUAAGAAUCCAGGCUUUUGAGGUCUGAGAAUAUCAGUUUCUAGACGUGUGAGUGAGCAAGAUAUGAGUCGGAGGGUGCGGAGAAAGGUAGCAAGAAGGGGGAAAGGAAAGGUGGAUUUGCCAAGUUGCCCGGAGAUUGAAGAUGAAGGUUUUAGAUUGGAUCAGAGAGGCGUUCUUGAUUGGACUAGAUUGCCUGAUGAUACAGUAGUUCAGCUGUUUUCGUGUCUGAAUUAUCGUGACAGGGCGAGCUUGUCAUCGACAUGUAGGACAUGGAGGACUCUGGGGAUGUCUCCAUGCCUAUGGCAGUCAUUGGAUCUUCGUGCGCACAAGUGUGAUGCCACAGCGGCAGCUUCACUUGCCUCUUGGUGUGCAAAUCUUCAGAAGCUUCGCUUUCGUGGGGCAGAAUCUGCCGAUGCAAUUAUACAUCUUCAAGCAAGGGGUUUACGUGAAAUUAGUGGUGACUACUGCCGGAAAAUUACUGAUGCUACUCUAUCAGUGAUUGCGGCUCGACAUGAGGCACUAGAGAGCCUCCAACUUGGGCCUGAUUUCUGUGAAAGGAUCAGCAGUGACGCAAUAAAAGCUAUUGCUAUUUGCUGUCCUAAACUGCAGAAACUUCGGCUUUCAGGUAUCCGGGAUGUUGAUGGGGAUGCCAUUAAUGCUUUGGCUAAGCAUUGUCCGAAUAUGGCUGACAUUGGGUUCAUUGACUGUCUUAAUAUUGACGAGACAGCAUUAGGAAGUGUUGUAUCAGUUCGCUUUCUCUCAGUUGCAGGGACAACAAACAUGAAAUGGAAUAUGGUUUCACAGCAUUGGAGUAAGCUUCCUAAUUUGAAAGGUUUAGAUGUUUCAAGAACUGACAUCGUUCCUGCUGCAAUUUUACGAUUGUUUUCAUCUUCACAAAGCUUGAAGGUCUUGUGCGCCUUGAAUUGCCCAGCCCUUGAGGAAGACACCAGCUUUGCUUUCAAUAACAAGGGUAAACUGCUACUUGCUCUUUUUACAGACAUUUUUAAGGGAGUUGGUUCUCUAUUUGCCGAUACCACAAAUAACGAGAAGAAUAUAUUUGCCCAUUGGAGGAAUUCAAUGAACCAAAAUAGGAAUUUGGAUGAGAUUAUGACUUGGCUGGAAUGGAUACUUUCACAUGCACUUCUACGUAUUGCUGAAUGCAAUCCCCAGGGCAUGGAUAAUUUCUGGAUCAGCCAAGGCGCAGCCCUAUUGCUUAGUUUGAUGCAGAGUAUACAAGAGGAUGUUCAAGAAAGGGCAGCUACAGGCCUUGCAACUUUUGUUGUAAUUGAUGAUGAAAAUGCUAGUGUUGAUGGUGGAAGGGCUGAAGCAGUUAUGCGGGAUGGUGGCAUACGACUUCUUUUAAACCUUGCAAGGUCUUGGCGGGAUGGGCUACAGUCAGAAUCUGCAAAGGCUAUAGCAAACUUAUCUGUGAAUGCCAAUGUGGCAAAAGCAGUGGCAGAAGAAGGAGGAAUCAAUAUUCUUGCAAAUUUGGCAAGAUCUAUGAACAGGAUGGUUGCAGAAGAGGCUGCAGGAGGACUGUGGAAUCUCUCUGUUGGAGAAGAGCACAAGGGCGCCAUUGCUGAAGCUGGUGGUGUAAAAGCUUUAGUUGAUUUGAUUUUCAAAUGGUCUACUGGUGGUGAUGGAGUUCUAGAACGUGCGGCUGGUGCUCUAGCGAACUUGGCCGCUGAUGACAAGUGUAGCAUGGAGGUUGCAGUGGUAGGUGGUGUACAUGCUUUGGUAAUGCUUGCUCGAAACUGCAAGUCAGAGGGAGUGCAAGAGCAGGCUGCUCGUGCUUUAGCUAAUUUGGCUGCCCAUGGAGAUAGCAACAAUAACAACGCUGCUGUUGGACAAGAGGCAGGAGCUCUUGAAGCACUUGUGCAACUCACACGUUCUGCCCAUGAUGGUGUCAGGUAG